GUGUCCAGUGCCUCCCCAGGCCGGACCUCGGUGAUCGACUACAGGAAGGCGGACGGCUGGGCGGUCGGCGCCGUCGCCUACGAGAUCUUUGGGGAGAAAAACCCUUUCUACGGAGCGGGGGGGCUGCAGAGCCGGAGCUACGAGGAGACGCAGCUGCCACCUCCCCCCCCAGCUGCACCUGCUGACGUGCAGCUGGUGAUUCAGCUGCUGCUCAGGAGGAGCCCCAGCAAGCGGCCCAGCGCUCGUGUCGCCGCUAACAUGCUUCACCUGAGCCUGUGGGGUGGGGGGCGGGCUCUAUCCGACCUGAGGAAGCUCUCUGAUUGGCUGCUGUGUCAGUCGGCCGUGGUGCUGCUGGGGGGGUGCAGCGGACCGGGAGGGUGCACGGUGGAGGCGGAGCUUCAGAGGAGCUUCCUGUCCAACCUGGAUCUGGAGGAGCUUCGCACCGCGGGGGGGUUCCUGCUGUACGGCCGGGGGGGGGGGGGCAGCGGCGUCUGAUUAGACUCACCUUCACACUGUUGAGAUCUCAAUAUGAAGUGAAUACUUAAAACGAAAGUUAAUUAUAAAUCAUAUAUGAAGUGAAUACUUAAAACAAAAGUUUAUUAUAAAUCAUAUAUGAUCAAUUAUAUUCUUGUAUGAACCCAUAAUGAGAAUGCUUCAUAUUUUAGGUUUUUCUAUAUUUACAGCAUAAGCAAAACAAAGUGGUUUGUUUAGGUUGAGUGUGUAAGGUCUAUGAUUUAUGGGUGUCUCUGAUAAGAGAGUAGGCCGUUUUUUCCCUCUCCUGUGACAGCAGUUCACAGGGAGGGGGGCUCCUGACUGAAGGAGAAAAACAUUGAGGCGUCAAAAAGUUGGUUAUGAUAGCCAUAGAACAUGUCGGGUCAUGUCCAGCCUUGUACAUUAGAGGCCAUGCCCAGUUUUCCACAAAUUGGGUGUAGAGGAGGAGUUUGUUUUUUUGGGGUUUCGAUCCAGUUUUUUGAGCAUAAAGAGACUGGUUUUUUGAGAGAGCGCGAGAGAGAGGGGGGUUUCCCCUGGUAGACUCUCUCCCGGUAGGCUUUGUCCUUCAGAGCUGGGUUAAUAGCUCUCGGUAAAGGUUCUCUCACACUUGGUAAAUAUCUCU